AUGCGAAAUGCUGGUAUUAAUCAUAUGUUACUUGGUUUUCGAAAUGAUUAUGGUAUUGUUGAAUGUUUACAACCACUUGGCGUAAAAGAUAUUGAAAUACGAGCAAAAACAUGGAGUGCUAGUGCAUUUAUAUCAUUUCUUGAUGAAUUCUGUUCAUUUGUUCGACGAACAAUUACAAAAGAUUGGUCAUAUGAAGAUAGAGAUGUAUAUCUAUUCUAUUAUUCUCCAAAAUCAAAAAAAAUCAAAUGGCGUAUAUCAAAUGAACAACAAUAUCAAUUUCUUCCUGAUUGGUUUAUAAAUGAAUUUUCUUGA